GACAGGCUCAAGAGCUAGAAGAGUGGCGGGGAGAAGAGGCGGCAGGAGCAGGCGGCCAAGGCCACUCCAGGGAGGAGAGGAAGGAGAAGUCUGGGCUUCUGCCCUGUGCUGAGCCAGGAUGGGUGACUGGAGCUUCCUGGGAGAGUUCCUGGAGGAGGUGCACAAGCACUCCACGGUCAUCGGCAAGGUCUGGCUCACCGUCCUCUUCAUAUUCCGCAUGCUGGUGCUGGGCACGGCUGCUGAGUCUUCCUGGGGUGACGAACAGGCAGAUUUCACGUGCGACACCAUGCAACCGGGCUGUGAGAAUGUCUGCUAUGACCAAGCCUUCCCCAUCUCACACAUCCGCUUUUGGGUGCUGCAGAUCAUCUUCGUGUCCACGCCAUCUCUGCUGUACAUGGGCCACGCCAUGCACACGGUGCGCAUGCAAGAGAAGCGCAGGAUGCGGGAGGCCGAUCGGGCCAAGGAGGCCCAGGGCACUGGCUACGAAUACCCGGCCGCGGAGAAGACGGGGCUGAGCUGCUGGGAGGAAGGGAACGGAAAGAUCGUCCUCCAGGGCACUCUGCUGAACACCUAUGUCUGCAGCAUCCUCAUCCGCACCACCAUGGAGGUGGCAUUUAUCGUGGGCCAGUACCUCCUCUACGGGAUCUUCCUAACGCCCCUGCACGUGUGUCGCAGGAGUCCCUGCCCGCACCCCGUCAACUGCUACGUGUCCCGGCCCACGGAGAAGAAUGUCUUCAUCAUCUUUAUGCUGGCGGUGGCUGCUCUGUCCCUCUUCCUCAGCCUGAUUGAACUCUAUCACCUGGGCUGGAAGAAGUUCAGGCAGCGAAGUGACAAGUCAACGCAGGGCAGCCCCUCUGCCGGCAGAGUCCAGAACUGUACCCCACCGCCUGACUUCAACAAGUGCCUGCAGAAUGGUUCUGGGAGCAAAUACUUCAACCCUUUCAGUAACAAGAUGGCAAAUCAGCAGAACACAGACAACCUGGCAACAGAGCAGGUGCGAGGCCAGGACCCCCUUUCCCGGGACGGUUUUAUUCACAUCCAUUAUGACCAGAAGCCGGAAGUCCCCAAUGAAGUCUCCCCAGGUCACCGCCUCCCCCAGGGAUACCCAAGUGACAAACGCCGUCUGAGCAAGGCCAGCAGCAAGGCCAGAUCAGACGACUUGUCUGUGUGACUUCCAGGGGGAGCAAAGGCAUCUGGGAGAUGGCAGAUGCAUCCACCUGGAUCCUCGGCCCUCUCAGAUUCUCAUCAAGGCCUGCUCUGCUGGGGCUCCAGGACUCAAGAGCAUUGCUCGUUUAUUCUAAGAAAAAUGGUCGAUGCUCAUAGUCAGAGACACAGCUUCCUACCCAGGUGCUGACUCUUCCCCAUUCUUUUGCCUUAAGUACUUGGUGAAGCCUUUCAGAAUAUUCAUUAAACAGGAAGGGAAAGGAACCACAGAGUCUGGCCUAUCAGGAAGGGCCAGAAGGACAGAUAACUAGACACCACCUACAUACCUGUUGGGUUUUCCAAGACUCUGUGGCUUCCUUGAUCUGAUCAUUCUUCCUCUAAAAGCAAGGACUUAACAUCACAGCAUGACCCAAGGGUCUUACAUUUGAUGGCUCUGGGAUCUGGACUAUACCUUGGAGUAGUGGUGAAGUCACUCCUCAUACUACUCAGUUUUAUUUUAAAUAGAAAUCUUGGGAACUUGACGGGCAGCCUCUACUUGACAAGUGCCUUGACACGUACCACUGGCUGAAGCAUGGCACUGGGGAUGUCGCCUCUCCUGCAUGUGUGUGGAAUCAGCUCCUGGAGGUGUAAGUUCCUUAAUGAGUGACUGUGCAUAUGAAUUCCCAGGGACUCCUCCCACCACCUGCCAACCUGUGGCUUUACACUUGAAUCUGAUGUUAGAGACCAGUCUUUUCCUCCCCCACCUGACUGCUCAGUGUGUCAUUAAAAAUCGUAUUAGCCAGGAUACUGAAGAAACCACUGUCCUUGCUCACUUGAAUUCUGACCUGAUCACCAGCCAAUAGCCCCAAGAAUUCCUCCAGCUCUUACCAACACAAAGAGUACAUUGUGCUCCUCAGGUUCCUCUUGGGAAGAAAUAAUUCUGCUGUGAAGAUGAAAAUGGAGAGAAAAUACUGGAAAAAAGAUUGUUUUACUGUCCUAUUUAUUAUACCUUGCUGACAGUCAACUUGAGUGCCAAAAAGAGGCUUGAUGAUAGCUACAAAGCCCCUUGCAUCUCUCUCUCUCUCCCUCUCCGUUUCUCUCUCUCUCUCCCUCUCCCUUUCUCUCUCUCUCAGUAGCAGGACCAGGGAAGUAUUAGGAGAUUUCUCUGUCUCUGGAAAACCCCUGUUCUCAAGGCAUACAGAGAUUCCUGUGGCUCCUAGGCACUCCUAAUGAGGCUGCCAUGAUGAGGGUGCAACAAAGCCUCUCCUUGCCUUGGGACUGGUCUGACUUCUCUAUCUAAUCCAUCCUUAGUGGGUAGUCUCUAUUUUUGGAUGAAGAUAAAAGAUACUGAAAAUGAUAGGUAGAGUGUUACAUUUUUAGUUGCAUGAGUGUGUAAGUAUGUAUGUGAGGUAUGCACGGAUAAGUCAGGGAAGUGGAGGGGAGGCCUGGAGUCAGGAAAGGCAACCUUAGUGGAAUCUGUGUCUUCCUGUCCCCCUCCUCUAUACCUCUCAGGGACAGAGCCUCCUGGUUUGCCAUGUGAUUAGCCUGAAGAGAAAGCAUGAGAGGUGGACACAGAAGAGAGAGCCCAGCUUCAACCCCCACCCCCCCCAUCUGCCCAUCUCUACCCUCUUCCUAAUAUUUGACAAUUAUUGGUGGGUGAAGAGAAGGAUGACGGUAGGGAGGAGAGACACUAGAUGUCACUUAGGGAAGAGUGAUUGAUGGUCAACCACGGCAGGCUUCUGAAGGGUGGACACCUUUCAGUCCAUUGUCUGUCACUGAAACUCUCCUUUAAUAGAACAGAAGAGACUGCCUCUCCUAUCUCUGAAAUGUGUUUGCUUUGUGAAAUGAGUCUUAUUGAAUUAGAAAUUCUGUAAGAUCAGUCCAUGAUUAUAGGAUUUCAGGAAGGAAAAAGGAAAUCAUAUUUGUAGUUUGUCUUAAUA